CCUCCUUCACCACUUUUUUUUUUUUUUUUUUUUUUUCCUGCACACUGUGUUUAUUGUCGUCUGAACACAUUCUUUGAGGCUCCCUCUAUUUUCCAUCUCCUCACACUCUCCCUCAUAUCCACAUCUCUUCCGUCAUCAUGUCAUCUGCUCUGCUGUCCGAGGCUGCGCGCAUUGCCAGCCAGUUCGACUACCCCGCUGCUGAGGUGCAACGUGGAGUAACGGAAUACAUUCGCGAGAUCGAUGAAGGUCUGUCCAAGGAGCACACGACCCUCAGUCAGAUCCCGACCUAUGUCACAGCAGUGCCCAAUGGCACGGAAAAGGGUUUGUACCUGGCAGUAGAUCUCGGCGGCACCAACUUCCGCGUGUGUUCGAUCGAUCUACAUGGAGACACUACCUUCUCCCUUACCCAGUCCAAGAUCAUGAUUCCUCGUGAGACCAUGGCGUCCGGUACGGCCAAGGAUCUCUUCUUGUUCUUGGCCCGCCAGAUCGAAUCGUUCCUGCGCAUUCACCACAACGACCACUUCGAGGCUCACCUGCGUCGCCGCAAUGAGAAGAAUGGCAACUGUGAAGAGGACCUGUUCGACUUGGGUUUCACCUUCAGUUUCCCCGUGCGUCAGCUGGGCAUUAACAAGGGUACCCUGAUUCGCUGGACGAAGGGCUUCAACAUUCCCGAUGCGGUGGGUCAAGAUGUCUGUGCCUUGCUGCAGAACGCCAUCGAUGAUCUGGGACUCCCGGUGCGCGUGGCUGCCUUGGUCAACGACACUGUCGGAACCCUCAUGGCUCGUUCAUACACCUCUCCUGGAGAGACGGGCACUUUCCUGGGUGCUAUCUUUGGCACGGGCACCAAUGGCGCCUAUGUGGAGAAGCUGGACCGCAUCACAAAGCUGCAGACCAUUGAACACUCCGAGUAUGACAAGACUACCGGUGAGAUGAUCAUCAACGCCGAAUGGGGCAGCUUCGACAACCACCUGAGUGUCCUGCCGAACACCAUCUAUGACCAGCAGCUCGAUGCCGACAGCAACAACCCGGGCAUCCAGAUGUUCGAGAAGCGCGUCUCGGGUAUGUUCCUGGGCGAGAUCUUGCGCCGCGUCAUGCUGGACAUGCAGCGCAACGAGUCCCUGGGCUUCCUCAAGACUGGUGGGGCUUCCACUGUGUCUGUGCCCAAGGAGUCUUCCCUGUACCGCCAGUGGGGUAUUGACACCAGCUUGUUGAGUCUGGUCGAGGCCGACAAGACCGAGAAUAUGGAGCAGAUCAAGGUCGCUUUGAAGGAUCACCUCAAGAUCGAACGCCCCACCACCGAUGACUGCAAGGCCAUCCAGACCGUUGUUCAUGCCAUUGGCAAGCGUGCUGCUCGCCUGAGUGCCGUCCCGCUGGCUGCUGUCCUCCUCUCUACUGGCAAGCUGCAAAAGGACGACCUCGUAGACAUUGGUGUUGAUGGCAGUCUGGUCGAGUUCUACCCCAACUUCGAAGGCUACAUGCGCGACGCCCUCCGCGAAGUGCCCGAGGUUGGCGAAGCCGGCAACAAGAAGAUCCGCAUUGGUAUCUCCAAGGAUGGCAGCGGCGUGGGUGCUGCUCUGAUCGCCCUCGUUGCUAGCAAGGAGGAUGCCCGCAGAAAGGCGCAAUAGUGGCCGUCAGGACCAUCUCGCAGGAAUUCCGCAUUGGUUAGGUGUUUGAAGAGCGGUUGGGAGGACGGAUGUUUGGGCAUAUUUGAUCUUUUACGGCGUUGUACAGCUUACUGGAAUUGUGAAUAUAUCCUAGGUCGGAAUGAAUUCUUUCUUUUACUAUU